CGGGUGAUAACCAAAUCAUCCAAAUAAGUAACGUUGAGGCGACAUAUCCCGUCUGAAUUCAUCGUCAGUCACUCUUGGUCUAGACAAAUCUACGAGUUUAUCUCCAAGUUUUAAAAAACAAAUCCCAUAAGUAACGUUUCUCAACUCUUGGUCUAUUAUUUUCCUCUUCGCUGUCCAUUUGUAUUGAUAUCUGAAUCUCAAAAACAUGAGCUGGUGGUGGUCCGGAGCAAUUGGAGCUGCCAAGAAGAAAUUUGAUGAAGACGAAGCACCGCCAACCUUCCAGAGCGUAGGACUAAUCAUCGGAGUAACCGGCAUCGUCGGAAACAGCCUCGCCGAAAUUCUACCUCUAGCAGACACACCAGGCGGUAGAUGGAAAGUCUACGGCGUUGCACGGCGGCCACGACCCUCCUGGAACGCCGAUCAUCCAAUCGAAUACAUCCAAUGCGACAUCACCGAUCCAAACGAAACCCAAACCAAACUCUCCGUUCUCACUGACGUCACACACAUCUUCUACGUCUCUUGGAGUAACCGUCCCUCUGAAGCCGAAAACUGUGAAGUCAACAGCGCAAUGUUACGUAACGUACUCACCGCCGUUAUCCCAAACGCACCGAAUCUCCGCCACGUGUCACUUCAAACCGGUGGAAAACACUAUUUAGGACCGUUUGAUCUGAUCGGGAAGAUUAAUAGUCAUGAGCCGCCGUUCACGGAGGAUUUACCGCGUUUAGAUGCGCCAAAUUUCUAUUACACUCAGGAAGAUAUUUUGUUUGAAGAAACUCAAAAGAAAGAGGGUUUGAGUUGGUCUGUUCAUAGACCUCAAGUUAUAUUUGGAUUUUCACCUUAUAGUUUGAUGAAUCUCGUUGGUACACUUUGUGUUUAUGCUGCAAUUUGCAAGCACGAAGGUGUUCCGUUGAAAUUUCCCGGUACAAAGGGAGCUUGGGAGUCUUAUUCUGUGGCUUCUGAUGCGGAUUUGAUUGCAGAGCAACAUAUUUGGGCCGCAGUGGAUCCUUAUGCUAAGAACGAAGCUUUUAACUGUAGCAAUGGUGAUGUUUUUAGAUGGAAACAACUAUGGAAGGUUUUGGCGGAACAGUUUGGGAUUGAGGAGUAUGGGUUUGACGAGGAAGGUCCUCGUUUGAAGUUGUCGGAGUUGAUGAAGGAUAAGGGUCCUGUUUGGGAUGAGAUUGUGAAGGAGAAUCAACUCGAAGCUACGAAGAUUGAUGAGGUUGGUGAAUGGUGGUUUGUGGAUCUUAUGUUUGGAGGGGAAGGGGCUGUAGAUAGCAUGAAUAAGGCUAAAGAGCAUGGGUUUGUGGGAUUCAGAAACACCAAGAAUUCGCUCAUAAGUUGGAUAGAUAAAACUAGAGCUUACAAGAUUGUUCCAUGAAUGAUGUUUGUGUAAGUAAAACUCGACUUUCUUAAAACUGAAGAGAUUGUGCAUUCAUCCCCGUUUAUCAUUAUGUUGUGUUUGUUGUUACUUUGUUCUACUAUUGAUGUUAUACUUGGGAGAUUAAUUUUGUUUAUGUAAAUGCAUUUGUUUAUGUUUGUAAAGGCUCAAUUUCUGAAAAUUUGUGAUAUAAACGAGUGUUAUACACUUCAACUUGUAAGAAAUUGAGAGAAUCCAACAAGAAUAAUCAAACUUCACUCUUUGACAUUA